UGGUGGUGACGCCUAGUUUUUUAGAAUCUCGAAUGCCAAAAAAAAAACUUGCGAUUUACCAGUGCUUCAUUCAUCCUCAACCCUGUAGAUGAAAGUAGGACCCUGUCGGAUCAAACCUUUCAACUUUGACCUAAUGAGAAAACAUGCCUGUCUUUUCUGUCUAUCCAAAACAAGCUUCAGACUUUUUCUUUCUCUGGACUUGCUUAACUUUCAAUCAAGUGUUUCUGCAUCAUUUCCCUCAACCAGUGCAGGCUCUUUUCUCUUUGCAACUUCUCUCCUUCUAUCUAUAACUAAGAAGAAGUUGGCUCUGAGAAGGUUUUUUGGACCUCUUCUAGCGCCUGUACUGAGAGGUGAUCAGUGAGCGCAUACUAAUUUUAGAAGCAGAAGAAACCUAACACUCUUUUUUAGCAGUCUCUCAUCAUAUAAUGGGAUCUCGUUUUCCUCUCAAUUUCUUGCUUCUUGUCCUGGCAUUAGCCUCACCACAAAAUGUCCUAGCUCAAGAGAUUAAAUUGCCGCAUGUCCUCGAUCUUCUGAUCCGUGACUACACGUUUAAAUCCAGCAGCCAGCAGAUCAAGACCGGAGUGAUACAUGCUGUGAACCUGCCGAAGAAUCUCUCAGGCAUCCGAGUUGACACUGUGAAGUUCCGGUGUGGCAGCUUACGCAGGUAUGGCGCGCAGGUGAAAGAAUUCCACUUGGGCAUCGGAGUGACAGUCCAACCAUGCGUGGAAAGAGUCAUGCUGAUCAGGCAAAUCUUGCAAAACAACUGGUCUUCCAUAUAUUACUCCAACUAUGAUUUAUCUGGGUACCAGCUAGUUUCUCCAGUGCUGGGCCUCUUAGCUUACAAUGCCGGUAGCCAUGGAAAUUCCAACCCUGCCACUGCAGCGUUCGAGCUUGGUAUCACGGCCGGAGAGAAACCCAUCACAGUGAACUUCACUGGCGUUGCCACACUGGAUCACAGGCCUGGAGUCGUGCCGAUGUGUGCCAACUUCGAAUCCAAUGGGAAGCUGACACUGGCCAAUCAGGUCGCGCCUUCAGUCUGUUUGGCCACGAGGCAGGGGCACUUUGGGCUGGUGACCGAGCUGCCGCCAGUGCAGAUGAGGAAGCAAGUGAGCAAGUGGAAGGUGGCAGUUGGGGGAUCGAUUGGGUCCAUGCUGGGAGUCUUCCUGCUCAGCCUGCUUUUUGUGGCAUUGUUCGUGAAAGCAAAGAAGAAAUCGAGGCGGGAAGAGAUGGAGAGGAGGGCUUACGAGGAAGAGGCACUGCAGGUUUCAAUGGUUGGCCAUGUAAGAGCACCAACUGCUUCCGUCACCAGGACUGUGCCCAUCAUUGAGCAUGAGUAUGUUCCUUUUCCUACUUGAUCAAGAGUUCGAAAUUUCAGACAUUGCCAAAUACACAUAGCUAUUGCUUCUCUGUAAGAUUUAAAAGCUGACGACAAAAUAGGAAGGGGCUAAGAGAAUGUUUGGAUGCUGGAGCUCAAAUUUUCGCGGGCGGUCCCAUGUACUGUGUGAACAAACAGAGGAACAAAAAGCUCUGGUUCUUGAGCUGAAUGUAUUCAUCGAAUUUUUGUCGUCUGAAAUUAGAGGAGGGAUAGUCUUUUGCCCUUCCUGCUUCAUGUCUCUAGGAAGCAAUUGAUUCUAGUCAUUACUACUUUGUAUUUGUUGUUCUUGAUCUGUUAGCAUGGCAAGAUUUAAGUGCAGACUUUAUCU